AUGCAAGGCUGUCUCGACGACUACGUGUAUCCGAGGAAAGCCGCGAUGCUUAUCCUAUCGAGUCGAUGCUCCAGCUCAGCGCGUUCGUCCGUCCCUCACCAGGGUUCUCUGCGGAAACCCUCCGAGUGUUAUAGUAGAGUGUCAGAAAGCCGCGCCCGACAAUGGAUCAAAGGGGGGAUCGUAGGAGUGCGUCGAGCCUCCACACUACAUUCGAUGAUCCGUUGGGCACUCUCAUUGGACGCAACAUCAACGCAAGCGUCGCUCGAGUCGAUCAUUGAGCAAGGCUCUCGGAGUGGGGAUUUGCAUCUCGACGCUCUCGGCAUUCGACUCGUCAAACGCGGUUUCGGUCGAAUCGUGAACGUGGACGAUGAAUUGACAUUGAAGGUCAAGGUAAGGGACUCUGUGGCCCGAGUCAGAAGUUGAAGCUGAUGCUGACGCUGGUGAGAUGACUCGUUUUUUCAGAGGACGCUGCGUAUCCAAAGCGCGGUGAACGGGCCGUUCGGCCUGUUCUGGCCGGUUACCUUUUUCGCUGUGACCGAGCUUGGUGAGUUGCGGCUCCAGACGCGACACCAGAAGCGGGCUAUUCAAGCUCAGAUCGCACUGGAGUCCGAAGUCUGA